AUGGUUUUCUUUCAACGUGGCAGGUGCUUCAGCGUUACGCCGAGGUUCCAGCAGCCCUCUCGCUCGUACCACGUUUCUGUGUGGUUUAGGCACCGCGCGCUUCACCGCCCGAGCGACCACAGACAGUCACAGGCAGCGGGGCGAGUGGCGGCUGCGUCGGCAGUUGGGACGGGUGCACUACCCUUUGCAUCCACCACCACCACCAGCAGCAGAACAACAGAUAUGCAGAGUAGAAGGACCGACACUACGACCAUCAAUAGUGGCGAGCAGCAGCAACCUGUGGCAGGCCCCUCGUGCCCGCAGGCGUAUAUGUACCGCAUGAGGACCGGUCGCUUUGAUAGUCUGACGGCUCUCUUGUCAAUGCCCUACGCGGUGGCACCGCUGCGCAUCCUGACGGACCUCCUCUGCGAGGUGAUGCAGCUGAAAGUGGAUCUGGUAACAGAAGGAGAAGGUGGGAGUGAUGCAGCCUUGGAGCGAAGUGAUGCAUUGGAGACGCUUGAGCGCAUGACAAAGUCUCUUUCGGACCCGCUUGCGGUUUCCCACCUCCUCGCGAAGGCAAUUGAGACAGUGCGGGAGGCAGUAGAGGCGGCGAGCGCGGUUGGGGACCACCUCAGUGAACGUGAGGUUCAGAGAGAGCUACGGGAGGUGGAGCACUUUAUUGAGCAGCUGCGGCAAUGGAAUGCGGCCGCUCUGAGGAGCACCACUAUCACCUGUGUGACAACGCGGGAUGCGAGGUGCCAGCGACUGUUGAGCUGGAGGUUUCCAAACACUGUCAUGGCGGAAAUUUGGCAUGCGCUACUUGAACUCUGCAGUCUAACAGGGGCCUUCGCCGUUGCUGUGGAGUCCCUUAACCAACUCAUUGACUUGAGUGAGCUGGUUGAGCGUGCAGGAGAGAGAGGGUGUGAUAGUGAGCUGCCUGAUAAAGACAAUCAAGAAAGAGAAGCGGAGAAGGAAAUCCAACAGCAAACCUUCACGCUGGACGGUGUCGUGGAGUCGGUGGAGGAGGAAGCACGAGACACCUUUAGACCAGUGGCGGCACUUGAUCACAUUCGCGCCAUAGAGAGUUGUGUGCUUACGCGAAAGUUUGACAUCGCCCACUCGCUAUAUCAGCGGUACAUGCAACAUGCUGAGAGCGGUGCUUUCCCCCUCGUGCCGGGUGACAUCGCCGCUGCAUUGGUUGGACUUGCGCACGCAUGCGACAACGUUGCACAUUUUGCGAUGCUACAGGAACUUUUCGUUGAGAGCGAGGCGGCACAGAUUGUCCCUGUAUCUGUGGAGUUGUACACUGCUAUCAUUGACGCUGUGAGCCGCGCUUCGGAGCAUCCGCAGCGCAUGGCCAUUGCCCUCGCGCUCUAUCGCCGCUUGCGCGAUGGGGGCCUGGCGCCAGAUGUUGGCACAUACGCUGCGCUGAUAGCCUGCUGCGCCUCCACAAGGGAACCGACACACGCCUUUGCCUUUUACCAAGAGGCGCGGCAGCAGUGCGGAGUGGACCAGUUCACGCCGGCGGUGUACACCAAUUUGCUGCUUUCCUACGCGAGGGCCGGUUACGGAGCGGAUGCACGACAGACGUUGGAAGUGCUUGUCGAGGCUGGUGCCCCACUCACCCGCGGGGCUUUCCACGCCGUGCUGUCGUGCGCCGUGACGCUUCGGGAGGCCGAGGAAGUGCUGCAGCUCAUGCAGGCGAAGUACGGGAUUGCACCAACACCGCAGACGUAUGCGUACCUGGUGAGGGCAGCAGCGGCGCGCCCCGCUGGUGUCAGUACUGCUCUCCACUUGUUCGACUGGCAUGAGCUUGCCCUGCGGAGUUUGCUAGAGGCCAGCAACACCGCCACACAUGCUGUACCGGACACCAUUCCUUUCAACGCACACUCGUCGAGACGCACGGCGCUAGGCGUAGGCGAUACUGCUGCUGUAUUGGAGGAAGACAUUCUUACACGCUAUCCAGCAUACGGUGAGGCCGUCGAGGGGGCGCUGCUGCGGUUGCGUGUUGACCCAACUUUGGAUCCGCGCCUGGAGCAGUAUAUGCGGCCGCUUCUACGCAUCGCUCAGCUGCGCAUGAAUGCCUUCACGGGGAUGGCCCCGCAGACGCCCACACGUGUUCCAAAGCGAGCUGCAAUCGCCGUGCUGGCGGCCGAUGUGCUCGCAAACAUUGAGGAGUGGUUCCUACCGUUCGUUUCACACUACUCCGCUGUUGUAAUUCCAUACUCCUCCCUCGUCGCUUUGCGGAGCGGAGGUGGGCGACGGGUGGACACAACCUUUGAAAAGGGGCCGCAUCACUUGCUAAACGACUCAGAGUGGCGUGAAACAGGUUCGGAGCAUCACAUCAUGGUGGAAAGUCGGCGGCGCCUAUUGACCAAAUUUUUGCAAAAAUACCGUGACGUCAUUCAUUUGGUUUCCAUCGCGGAUGAACUGGCGCUGAGUCGCGACUGUGAUCGCUAUGGCAUUGGUGUGAAGAAAACAUUUUCUCGAUCCGCUGCUCUUGCACUAAACUUGGCGCGUAUGGAUAUUGCCAACGGAACGAAAGUUUAUGCAGAGCAGAACUGUGACAUUGUCUUGGUGUCAACCAAUUUCGAGAAGUGCGGAAAGUACGUAGUCAACCUGAAACGGGAACUGUUGUGUCAGGAUGGCAGCAACAUCAGCAGCAGAUGUGGGAGCAGUAGUGGCUUCAAAGGCCUGGCGGAUGGGCUCCGGCGGGUGUGGUAUCAUAAUCCACGCACAAGCCCGCAGUGGAGACCGCCACAGGUGUCUGUUGUGUCGCUUGUCGACGGCUGUGUGGAUCAUGAAGCAUGUCAGUCGACUCGCUGCAAUCCACAAGCUGGCAACGCAGCGAUCUGA